AUGGCCGUCCUGGAUCUGGCCCUGCAGGGACUCGCCAUCUUCGGCGUCGUCCUCUUCUUCGUCUUAUGGUUCAUGCAUUUCUUAUCCAUUAUUUACACGAGACUACACCUUAACAAGAAGGCAUCUGACAAGCAACCUUACAGCAAGCUUCCUGGGGUUUCCCUUCUUAAACCAUUAAAGGGUGUGGAUCCUAAUCUCAUCAACAAUUUAGAAACCUUUUUUGAACUGGAUUAUCCAAAAUUUGAAAUCCUUCUCUGUGUGCAAGAUGUUGACGAUCCGGCAGUGGAUGUAUGUAAAAAACUGCUUGGAAAAUACCCGAAUGUGGAUGCCAACUUAUUUAUAGGUGGCAAAAAGGUUGGCAUUAAUCCAAAGAUAAACAAUCUAAUGCCCGGAUAUGAACUUGCUAAAUAUGACCUCAUCUGGAUAUGUGACAGUGGGAUUAAAGUGAAACCUGACACAUUGACUGAUAUGGCUAAUCAGAUGACAGAGAAGGUUGGCUUGGUCCAUGGACUUCCUUAUGUAGCAGAUAGGCAAGGCUUUGCUGCUACAUUAGAACAGGUUUAUUUUGGGACUUCCCAUCCAAGGUCUUACAUUUCUGCUAAUGUGACUGGUUUCAAGUGUGUUACUGGUAUGUCUUGUUUGAUGAGAAAAGAGGUUCUGGAUCAAGCAGGAGGCCUUAUUGCGUUUGCCCAAUACAUAGCUGAAGAUUAUUUCAUGGCCAAAGCAAUUGCAGAUCGGGGAUGGAAAUUUUCUAUGGCUACACAGGUCGCAAUGCAAAAUUCUGGUUGCUACUCCAUAUCUCAGUUUCAAUCUAGGAUGAUUAGGUGGACUAAGCUAAGGAUCAAUAUGGUUCCUGCUACAAUCAUAUGCGAGCCCAUAUCUGAAUGUUUUGUAGCCAGUUUAAUAAUCGGCUGGGCGGCACAUCAUAUCUUUCGAUGGGAUAUCAUGGUGUUUUUUAUGUGUCAUUGUCUAGCAUGGUUUAUAUUUGACUAUAUUCAGCUCCGAGGUGUUCAGGGAGGUUCGCUUUCUUUUUCAAAAUUGGACUAUGCAGUGGCUUGGUUCAUUCGUGAAUCUAUGACGAUAUAUAUUUUUCUAUCUGCCCUUUGGGAUCCCACGAUCAGUUGGAGGACGGGACGGUAUAGGUUAAGAUGUGGAGGCACAGCUGAAGAAAUUCUAGAUGUAUAG